GACGUGCCGCCAUGUUUAUUGGUGAUUGUGGUGUGUAAUGGAAAAAUGUAAACGUGAUGAAGCAUAUGAAGUUGUAUUAUAGAUCGACAGUUAUGGUUUGAAAUACUUUAUAUCCAUGCAUUAAUCCAUGUCAUUUUAUUAUAAAAUUGUAUAACAAAAUGGAUAGAAGGCCUCCUCGUAGUAAAAGACAAAAACCUUGCAGUCCAGGGCCAUACGAUCCACAAAAUCAGAGUAUUUUUGGAAAAGUUGCGUCUAAAGUAAAAGGAUUGCUGAAUCCAUCUUGGCUUUUUAAUGUUACUCAGUGGAUUGGUGCCAGCAAUGAAAAGCCUGGUUGUUCUACAGACCAUAUUGACGAUACUCCGGAACAAGAAUUUGUUCCAGAAUUACGUGGAAGUAAAAGACUACGGUUAAAUUUAGAUGAAUCCAGACCAUCUAUUCUAAGUACAGAGACUCAAACAUGGCUGGAAUCACCACCUAAUAUGUACAUUUCUUCACAUGUGCCUGCCAGUGCUUCUCAAAGCUCAUUGGUUGAGAACAAAGAGUCAACUGUAGCAAUGAAUGGAGAUGAUCACUCGGAAAAUAGUGAAGGAUCAGCAUCUACUAGUGGUUGCUCUUCUCUUGUAUCUUCACAUAAAGGCAGAUUAAGUAGCCUUCCAUCUAGUAAUAACAGAUUUGGGGGAAAUGCUCUUGGUAGCUUGAGAGGGGAUAGUAUUGGCUUGAAAGACAUGAGAAGGAUAGCAUCUCCAAAAGGAGAUAUGAGUAACAGAAGUUUGUGGUCAAGUCCUUUUAACUCAAGAUUACAGAGACGUACUCCUACUAUUGCGCAAAGCAAUCAACCAUCUUUCAAUUUAAGCACUUUCUCAGGACCAUCAAAAUUAAUGCCUGGAAAUGACAGAAAAAUAACCUCUCCUUUUUACGAAGGGAAAACUACAUUUGGAGGUGCAUCCUCUACUCGAAAAAUGCCGCCUAGUGUAGUUCCAUAUCAGGUUGAUAAAUCGGCGAGAAAUCAGUUGAGAAUACGUGAACAUCAUUCUGAAGAUAGCUUAGAAGGUAUGAGUUCAGCAGCUAAAAGGAUAUUACUGACGUUGGAGAAGAUGUCUUCACCAGUUAUGGAUGCUAAGAAAAUUCCUAACAGUAACAAAUCACCUGUGGAUUUAUCCUUAUAUUUGGCUCCACCAAAGCAUCACAGAAAUUGUCAGUUCACACCGUCAAUUCCUACAAAAGGGCCUCCCAUUGUAAAUAUAAACACUCUUGCAAAAUUGACGACUCUGAAAAAUUCUGGUUUUAAAAGGCUGAAUUCAUCUAUGGAAAUUCCAGUGUCAUUACCUGAGAGCCCAGCAACAACCAGUUUAGACAGAGUGAAAUUUAGUCUUGCAAAUAUUGUUGUUCCAUCACAAGCAAGUAAUCCAGCUGCUACAAAUCUCCCUCUGUUGACGUCUAAAAGUUUUAUGGAACAGGAAAUCCCAUCAUCUUCUCCUCAUCAAGGCAGUUUUAGAUCAACAGAUUUUUUUCAAAGUUGUAAUCCUGAUGGAGGAUCGAAAGGUGGUGGUGGUGGUAAAAUGAAAAACAAGUUGAAUCAAAUGCAUCAUUCCUCUAAAAAUAAUGAACCACAGAUGCCAAAUUCACCUGGUCUUGAAAUAGAUAGUAGUAAAUUUGUGCCCUUGUCCAUAACAAAAUUGCCAACCAUAAGUUUUGGUUCCAACAAAGACAAAUUAGAUGAAGUUAGUUGCAAUUCUACAAACUUCACUUUUUCAAGUCCAAUCAAUGUCAAUCCAACUUCUACCUCGUUAUCUGUGUUACCAAAUUCUGUUGUUAGCUCUAAAGAAAAGAAUGAAGACACUCUUGCAAAGGCUUUUGUUUUUUCAAAACCAAUAGAUGUUUUAUCAAGCUCUAAUUUACCAGUUUCAGAAUCUUGUGUUGUAUUUAAUAACAUUGCAAAAACAAAAGCUGAUUCAAUCUCUGCUGUCAGCGAAUCUUCUGUUGUUAGUUCUAAAGAAAGGAAUGAGGGUCCUAAUGCUAAGUCUUUUGUCUUUUCAAAGCCAAUAGAUGAUUUAUCAAACUCUUGUUUACCAGUUUCAGAAUCAUGUGUUGUAUUUAAUAACAUUGCGAAUGUCAGUGAGUCUUCUACACCCAAAGAAGUUAUUACUCAGACCACUUCUUCUAAAGUGUCAUCUGAUUGGACAUGCCCUGAAUGCUGGAUCAAGAAUCCAUCUUCUAAACCUAAAUGUAUGGCAUGCGAAACUGUUAGAGUGAGUGGAAACAAUAAGAAUUCUGAUGGUAUUACUGAGGCUGCUUCUUCUAAGGUGUCAUCUGAUUGGACAUGCUCUGAAUGCUGGAUCAAGAAUCCAUCUUCUACCCUUAAAUGUAUGGCAUGCGAAGCUGUUAAAGUGAAUGGAAAGAAAACGAAUUCUGAUGGUAUUACUCAAGCAGACUCUUCUAAGGUGUCAUCUGAUUGGACAUGCCCUGAAUGCUGGAUAAAGAAUCCAUCUUCUAAACUUAAAUGUCUGGCAUGUGAAACUGUUAAAGUGAAUGGGAGCAAUAAGAAUUCUGAUGCUCCCAAAAGUUCAACAAAUUUCAAGUUCACUUCUCCUGUACAGAGCUCUCCUAUAACUUUCAAGUUUGGCUCAACAACUUCUGCUACAGAAAUAAGUAAAACAGAUUCAAUACCUAGUGUGUCCACUUCUGGUUUUAUUUUUUCAAGUCCUGUCAUGACUGGCAUUAAAAAAACUUCAGAAGGUUUCUGUUUUGGCAUCUCAAAAGACACCAUUGGUAACUCUGCUGUUACUUUUGGUGACUCUAGUCUACCUGUUUCAAAUUCUGAACUAAUAAAAACAUCCAACAGUAAGUCUGAACUAAUAAAGACAUCCAGCAGUACGUCUGAGCUAACAAAGACAUCCAGCACUAACCCUGAACUAAUUAAGACAUCCAGUACUAUCUCUGGACUAAUAAAGACAUACAGCACUACUCCUGUACAGAGCUCCCCCAUAACUUUCAAGUUUGGCUCAACAACUGCUACAGAAACAAAUCAAAAAGAUCAAAUGCCUAGUGUGUCUUCUGGUUUUAAUUUUUCAAGUCCUGUUAUAACAGACACUAAAAAAACUUCAGAAGGCUUUAACUUUGGCUUGUCAAAAGAUACCAUUGGUAACUCUGCAGUUACUUUUGGUGGCUCUAGUCUACCUGUUUUAAAUUCUGAACUGAUAAAGACAUCCAGCACUAAGUCUACAUUACCUCUGAGUGAAGAGAAAAAAGAAUCGAAAGUAACUUCUGAAUCCAACGUUAUUCCUGCUUCCAAUACUGUGAACAAUUUUUCUUUUGGAAAGACAACAACAUCAUCCUCUUUAUCUGCAACUGCUCUAACAUUCUCUUUAGCUCCUACGUCAUCUGUUAGCAACAGUAACAAAUUUACAUUUGGGACUACUUCAAAUUCAGAUCAGACAGUUAAAACAUCAGAUGUUAAAACAUCAACAAGUUUCCAAUUACCUCCAGUUGUACCAAGCUCUACCAUGAACUUCAAAUUUGGCUCAACAACAUCUAAUGCAGAGACAAAACCAAGUCUUUCAGAAUCUGCUGUGUCUUCUUCCAACUUCAAUUUCUCAAGUCCAGUCACUACUGAAACUAAAAAACCUUUGGAAGGUUUUAGUUUUGGUGUAUCAAAAGGAAGUACUACUAUCACUCCAGUUACUUCUUCUAUGUCUUUUAAAGCAUCAGAUUUGAAAACAUCAACAAGUUUCCUAUUACCUCCAGUUGCACAGAACUCUACCAUGAACUUUAAAUUUGGCUCAGCAACAUGUGCUGCAGAAACAAAACCAAGUCUUUCAGAAUCUUCUGUGUCUUCUUCCAAUUUCAAUUUCUCAAGUCCUGUCACUAAUGAAACUAAAAAACCUUCCGAAGGUUUUAGUUUUGGUGUAUCAAAAGGAAGUACUGCUGUCACUCCAGUUACUUCUACUGUGUCCUUUAAACCAUCAGGUGCUGUUCCAUCUACAAAUCCUUCAUUUACAGGAUUUCAACCUAGUCAAGCAGUUAACCCGACUUUCCAGUUUGGUAAUCAAUCAUCUAGGAACUCGACAGUUUCGCAAUCAGAUUCAGCUUUUGGAUCUGCUUCUUCUAAUUUUACAUUUGGUGUUAAAAGUGAACCAACCAAUCAGAUGCCUAACCAAACACCACAGGCAUCAGCACCUCCCAGUUUUGGUGGUGUGUCGAUGCAACCAGCCCCAGUCAUUGGCAGUACAUCUGUUCCAACUGUUCCAGUUUUUGGCAGAUCUGAACAGUCAUCAGGCGGAUUCAAUUUCAAUGUUCCACCUGCUUCAUCUGCUCCAUCAAACCAAGUUUUCCGCUUUGGUUCUCUUUUUGGCAAUCAAACAUCAGGAAAUUCUGCUGCUUCACAACCUGCUCCAGCAUUUGGCUCCAUGCCUACUACUUUCAAUUUUGGAGCCAAAACUAAAGCUACUAAUCAGACACCUAACCAAGCACCUCAAGCACCAACACCUUCUCCUUUUGGUAUUGCACCAAUUCCUCCAAUGGUUGAAAAUGUAUCUGUCCCAGCUUUUGGCAGAUCAGGACAGCAAUCAACAGGUGGAUUCAACUUUGGUUCAUCUGCUCCAGCAAACCCGGUUUUCCAAUUUGGUGGACCUGAAAAGAAACAAGCAACAACAUCUGGUGGAUUUUCUUUCGGAACUCCACAAGCAGAAGUGGCGAAUUCCUUUCAGGCAGGUUUUAAUGUAAACACUCCUCCUAGUUUCAAUUUUGGGGCUACUUCAACACCAGCUGGGCCAUUUCAGUUUGCAGCAAGUAAUGAGAAUGCUGCUUCUAGCCAAGCAUCAGCGCCUCGUAAAUAUAAGAAAGCCGUGAGAAGAGUCUUGAGGAAACAAGAUUGAGUGUUGUUAUUAAAUAGUGACUUCUUGUGAAAGUAUCAUAGUUGGUGACCACUUCACUCCAGCAUCUGCAUUGAAUUGUGAGUUGCUCAUCUGUCAGUGAAGAAAAAAAAGUGAAGACAGGGCUGCCACUGGUGACUAAAAAAAAAUGACUAAAGUGACCAUUUCAAAGAGAAGGCGACUAUGGCACCUUUUUUUAGCAGAAAUGGAAGCUAAAACCAAUAUUUUGCUGUGACUUGUAAUAUAAAUGGCGACUAAAAUGUAAAACAGACCCAUUAUUUCUCUUUUUUAUCCCUUAAGAGUGAGGGUAAUUGAGGAAAAAUUGAAAAUUCGCUUAAAUCUUGACCUUUAUAUUCCAGAAAAAAUCGAGAAUGCUUUGCCUCGUUGAUCGCGAUUUUUGUAAAGAACUCUUUUUUUGCGAUUUUUGUACAGUUUGUUUUCGCAACUACGAUUUUUGUCAACUGCUGUUUUUAUUCUGAAUGAAUGUCAAUAAAGUUUUACUUUUUAA